AUGGCUUCCUCCUGUGUUUGCUGCACGGGCGACAGCCGUAAGGAGGAGUCCCUCGAUCAUCUCUUUGUUGACAGCAAUAUCGCCACAGCGCUGUGGACUUACUUCUCGGCCGUUCUCUCUGUUGAUUUUCUCCCCAACCAAUCUGUGGAAGGUCGAGUCUUUCAAUGGUGGGCAAUUGCUAAGGAAUCAUGCCCUCUGGGUUUGCUCAGAGGGAUCACUCCCAUCAUCCUUUGGGAGAUCUGGAACACAAGGAACGAGGAGCGUUUCGACAACCGCCUGAUCAGGACCCAGUACUCCAUAAACCAGGUUCAGUUUUGGCUUUCUCGACUGUUAAACUCUUUUCCCCUCUUGGCUUGUAAAUCCCAGAGUGACUGUGACGUGCUGGUGGAUCACGUCAUUCCAAGGUUGGUUCCUCCUCGCCCCUCCAUAUCAGUGGUGAAAUGGACUUGCCCCCCUAGGGGGUGGGUUAAGAUGAAUGUUGAUGGUUCUUCCAGAGGGAACCCGGGUCUGUCUGGAUACAGGGUGGGGUCGAAUUUCAUGGAAGAAGUUAAGGCAGUAAUCGAUGGUUUGAAGCAUUGCAAGGAUUUUGGCUAUGCUAACGUGGAAGUGGAGAGAGACUCCGUAGCUGUCGUCGAUCUUUUCUUUAAAAGAGGGGUUGUCCCUUGGUCCGUUUUCUACUGGAAGAACCAGUUCGAGUUCUAUCGGGGAACUUGGUUAUUGUAUAACAAUUCAUAUGUAAGUAAAAGCUCCGACGAGCUCCACAAUGCUGAAGCUGCAGCUCUGGCUUCCCCGAAUCAACGAAACCUUCGAGCAGUUCAGAAUCUUAGAGAGGAUCUCGCCCGCUUGGAACUCUACGAAGAAAUCUUCUGGAAGCAAAAGUCGAGGGUGCAUUGGCUGCAAGAAGGGGACCACAAUACCAAGUUUUUCCGCACCAUAGCGACAGGUAAAUGCUGA